CGCAGAUUUACAAAUGACUCAGAGAGCAGGCGCCACUCUGUGUAGCGCAUCCCACGGUUUGUAGAUCAGUGGUGUCAGACACGCAGCAGCGCUCACUUGCGGUGAAACCGAAGGUCACCUCAUCUCAGAAGCUUCUUGUCAACAGGAAUACAGACUCGUCCUGUAACUAUUUGAAAACGCAAUGGACAAUUUUGAAAAUUUCAGUGCGUCGGACAAAGCCGAGGCGGCGGAGCUGCAGCGUAUGAUCGCGAUAGAGCAGCAGAAGGCGGAGUUCCAGGCCCAGGUGCACACCUUCACUGACGUCUGCUGGGACAAGUGUGUGGACAGUCCGGGCUCCAAGCUGGACACCCGGACGGAGACGUGCCUGGUGAGCUGUGUGGAGCGAUUCAUCGACACCACCCUGACCAUCACCAACCGCUUCACACAGAUGGUGCAGAAGAGUGCUCAUUAAUAAUGGACUUACGAUGCCAGUCGGACUGUCUAAUGACAUCAAUACAAUAUUUAGUGUUUCAAACAUUCUUAUGGAAGAUAAUGUGAAGAAGACAUGUUUUUUUACUGCAUAUGCCUUCGAAUGCUGCUUCUGUAAGAUUACAUGAAAAUUCUGAAUGGCUGUAGCUGCAAGAUGUACCUGUUUGAAAUGAGGUCAUGUCGUGUGACAUUAGUCAAAUGUUUAUGAUCCUUAUGUCAUUAACAAAAUGGUACAGAUUUCAGUGUCCCAAUCGAAACUGUGUUAACAGAUCUUGGUUCAGUGUCAAGUUGGAUUUUUCACUUCAGAGGAGCAAAAGUAAUAUCAUUGUACAAGGAUAUAAAACGUAUGAGAUGUUUUUCUUUUUUCAUAAAUAGACACCCACAACAACAUUGUUUUCAUAUACAUGUUUAUUAAAUGAUAAAUAAAUUGUGAAACUCA